UCGGACUCUGCUACUCCUGUACUGUAAACUACAAUGAAUACCAUUCGCGAAAUCGAAAAGAUAAAUCAGCAAGAGCUGGAUCGCGGCAUCGCAGGAACAAGCGCUUCUUGGCACUCGCAAUUUGCGAACUCAGCUUGGGUGUACGUGGGUAAUCUUGACCAUCAGCUCACCGAGGGUGACGUCCUAUGUGUCAUGAGCCAGUACGGAGAGGUAGAAGACAUUCACUUGGUCCGAGAAGAAGACACGGGGAAAUCGCGGGGCUUUGCCUUUCUGAAGUACGAGGACUCCCGGAGCUGCAUACUGGCCGUCGACAACUUUUGUGGCAUGAAGGUCCUGGGCAGGUCGAUACGAGUGGAUCACGUGGAGCAGUACCGAUUGCCGAAGAAAUUACAGGAAGAAGAAGCUUUCAGAACAGAGGGCUCAGUGAACACCGAUGGCGGAGCGGGCCACGCAUACAAGGGAAUAGAACUGGAAAACAAAUACAAUGUUCACCAGGGCAUGGAUUUAUUUGCGCCUCCCUCACCAACCGACAGACACGACAACGCAGAAGGCCAAAAUAAAACCAAAGCCGAACUCAAAACAGAAAAGAUGAAGAGGAAAGAAGAGCGCCAGCGAAAGCGACAAGAGAAGGAAGAACGACAUCAACGGAGACAAGAAAGGAAGGAAAAACKGGAAGAGAAACACAGACGGAAACGCGCACGCAAACAACGCGAUCACAGCGAGGAUAAUAGCCGUGAAGAAAAAGAGAAAAUCCGUGAUAAUAGCGAUGGAAAGGAAGAAAGGGAGCGAGGUCGAAACAGGAAACACAAUAGCGACGCAUCACCGGAUGAUGAUUACCACAAAACGGAACGAAAAGACCGGGAGCACCGGUCACACAGGCACGAAAAGAAAAAGAAGAGACAUAGAAGAUCACCCAACUAGUUGCCAUCGUACGGCAUAGAUAUUUUGUACACAAGAGGGCUAGAUUUUACGAGUAAAAAGCUGAGAUGAUA